AAAAUUUUAAAAACAAGACAUAAUUCGAGUGGCCACAAUUGUUUGGGGUAGUUAUACAGUUUAAUGAUUAACAAAAAGAAUAAGUUCCAACACAUGAUAUUGUGGUUGAGUGGUUGAGGUUGGAAACAUGAUCUUAUCUAUUUCUCCCGCCACUCAUUUCUUCUUCAAAGAAACUGUAUAUACAAACUGAUCAAGGAGACGACAGAUCUCUAAGUUUUCAGUUGCAGUCAUCAACAAUGGCUUCCAAUGCAGCUCUGGCUUCCACAAGAAUCCCCACCAUCACUAGGCUUCCCUCCAAAACCUCAAUCUCAACUUCUUUUCCUUCCCAAUGCUCCAUCAAGAGAUCGGAAGUAGCCGAGUUCUCCGGCCUACGAUCCAGCGGCAGUGUCACCUACGGCAAGUAUGUUAGAGACUCGUCGUUCUUCGAUGCUGUGUCUGCUCAAUUUACUCCCAAGGCUGUAGGAUCAGCUGCUGUUAAGGUGGAGACGGUUGCAAAACUGAAGGUAGCAAUCAAUGGAUUCGGGCGAAUUGGCCGGAACUUUCUUCGGUGCUGGCACGGCCGGAAAGACUCGCCACUCGAAGUGGUGGUGGUCAAUGAUAGUGGUGGUGUCAAAAAUGCUUCUCACUUGCUCAAGUAUGACUCCAUGUUGGGUACCUUCAAAGCCGAUGUUAAGAUCGUCGAUAACGAGACGAUUAGUGUCGAUGGAAAGCUGAUUAAGGUUGUUUCUAGCCGAGAUCCUCUUAAGCUCCCAUGGGCGGAACUCGGUAUCGACAUUGUUAUCGAGGGAACGGGGGUGUUUGUGGACGGGCCAGGAGCAGGCAAGCACAUCCAAGCCGGGGCUAAGAAAGUGAUCAUCACCGCACCCGCAAAAGGUGCUGACAUUCCAACAUACGUAGUUGGUGUUAACGAGAAGGACUAUGGCCAUGAUGUUGCUAACAUUGUUAGUAACGCUUCUUGCACCACCAACUGCUUGGCUCCUUUCGUGAAGGUCAUGGACGAAGAAUUCAAUAUCGUUAAGGGAACGAUGACUACAACUCACUCCUACACUGGUGACCAGAGGCUACUAGACGCUUCACACAGGGACUUGAGGAGGGCUAGAGCUGCAGCACUAAACAUAGUCCCAACAAGCACUGGUGCAGCCAAGGCGGUGUCGUUAGUCUUGCCCCAACUUAAGGGCAAGCUCAACGGCAUUGCGCUUCGUGUCCCCACCCCUAACGUCUCUGUCGUUGACCUUGUCGUCAACGUUGCUAAAAAAGGCCUCACAGCUGAUGAUGUAAACGCCGCCUUCAGGAAAGCCGCUGAAGGGCCAUUGAACGGAAUCUUGGCUGUUUGUGACGAGCCACUUGUGUCGGUUGACUUUAGGUGCUCUGAUGUUUCGUCCACUAUUGACGCGUCGUUAACCAUGGUUAUGGGUGAUGAUAUGGUUAAGGUUGUCGCGUGGUAUGACAAUGAAUGGGGAUACAGUCAACGUGUUGUCGAUUUGGCACAUCUGGUGGCGGCCAAAUGGCCGGGAGUUGGCACAAAGGGAAGCGGAGAUCCAUUGGAGGACUUUUGCGAGACAAACCCUGCCGAUGAAGAGUGCAAAGUUUAUGAAGCUUAAUUUUUUUUUCAUAAGGUUAUAUUCUCUUGGAGCUUGCCAUAAAAUGUCAUUAUUAUGCCACAUCAUGAUGAUUUUGUAAAAUUAAUGUUCGAACUACCAUGGAAUUGUAUUACAAUAUUAGGUUCCAUAUUGAAACAUUGCAAUUAAACUAGCAAAAGUGAUAAACCUAAAUAAAUCUCUCAUAUUUUGAUUA